AUGGAUAUUUGUCAACUUAAUGAAUUGACUGAUGAUAUGAUGAAUUUAAGUUACGAAGAGUUAUAUGAAUUUUUGAAAACUACUUUGAAUAAUGACUUAUUUGAACUUUUUCGAAUUCAAGCUAAUCGCGAUGUGUUCUCUUUAUCAUCAACAACAGUCGAUCAAUUAAUUGAAAUUUUCAAUUUUGAUAUUCUGAAAUUGAAUCCGUUGAAACAAAAACUUGGCUAUGUUUCAACAAAUGGAAAUUUGUAUCUUUGA